CAAAAACCCGCUUGUUGUGCAAACACCUUCAGCAAAGCUGCUGAAAACACGCUCGUUAAGUAACAAAGAUUGUGUAUUGUAACUUUUCCAAAAGAUUAGAGGAACAACCACGCGCGAAGAAGGAUCUUUACAAAGUGAUCCUGACCCACGACAAAAAGUUUCCAAAGUUAGGUAAAUCACGUCUGGUGAUCUACCUUCCAAUACAAUGGAGAACGACUUCUGGACGACUCUUCUGGGUGAGUACCAGAGCAGGAACGCAACGAAAAUGCCUUCGAACAAAUCAGUGCUCGUGUUAUGUGACACUUCCUGUGACCACUCCACGCUAAUAGCCAAGCUAAAAGGAUGCAAGGCUACGACGGCUCAGCGUUCCGGGCUGCAAUACGAUUACCUGCAAGUGCAGGACGAGUACAGGGAAGAGUCAGCUCUCCUAAGCAUUUGGACGCUGGCCGCAGAUCCAGAGCUCAAUGGAUUGCUCAAGUUCGCCCUAAACGAGCGCACCUUCCCACACACACUGAUCCUGCUAACCCUUUCCAUGGCAGCUCCGUGGACCUGGAUGGAUCAGCUACAAUACUGGAUGAAAGUGCUAGACAAUCACAUCGGUGGGCUUGAGAUUGAUGCAGAACUCAACCAUCAGUGUAUGGCACAGUUGAUGGCGAAAUGGCAAAGUUAUUCUGAUCUGGGCAGUGAUCCUCUUCGCAAUUCACCGUGCAAGCGAAACUACGAGCCUGUUCCGUUGCCUUUGGAGGGCGCAGUUCUUACGUCCAAUCUUGGCAUGGAAGUGAUCGUGGUGGUGACGCGAAGCGACCAGAUGGCUACACUACGAAGAGAGCUAAACUACCGCGAAGACCAUUUCGAUUUCAUGCAGCAAGCGAUUCGACGAGCCUGUCUACAGUACGGUGCAUCGCUCGUUUACACUAGCGUGAAGAAUAACGUCAACUGUGAUCUGCUUCUCCAAUAUCUGAAGCAUCGGAUCUACGGAUUGCCAUUCGGAACGUCCGCCUCGGUAGUGGAGAAGGAUGCCGUGUUUAUACCGGCUGGUUGGGACAGUGUGCAGAAAAUCAGCAUACUGUAUGAGAGCCUGUACUCUUGCAAACCAGACGACGACUACAACAGUGUCAUUGGGCAACCAUCCCGCGAGAAGUAUAUGCUGGACCGUAGUAUUCAAACUGUAGAUGAGCAGGCGUGCUUUGCUAGGCUGCAGCAAGAGCUUCAGGAGGAUGCAGAAACAGAUGAACCGCUGCCGCGUACUUCUAUCGGUACAGGGACUCCCCAACGGACUUCAGAGGCAGCCGACGAAGAUAUGCAAGCUGUGGAAAAGAAGUCCGGCGGUGGAGGUGGUGUGCUGACGGAUUUCUUCAACACGCUGAUGCUUAGAAGAUCUUUCGGUGGCGGCGACCGGUCAGUUGAGGAUGAAUAAAAACAUAGAU